CACCAUGGAGGGACCGCGGACACGGAACGUUAAACUUGCCCGGGUUACCAAAAUUCUUGGAAGGACUGGCUCACAGGGGCAAUGUACUCAGGUCCGUGUGGAAUUUAUGGAUGACAGCAACCGUUCCAUCAUUCAAAAUGUGAAAGGGCCAGUCCGUGAGGGAGAUGUACUCACACUUCUGGAAUCUGAGCGUGAAGCAAGAAGAUUGCGAUAAAAGAUCAACAAAGCUGAUGCCAGUUGUGAUAACUGGUUGCGGACAUUUU